AGACUAUAUAUGAAUAUGUUGGUAUGUUGUAUUCCUUCUAUAUAUACACUACUUUCUUCUCAUAACUCUUCACUUCAGCAAUUUAACUUUUAAGAGAGAGGAAGGGAGGCUAUCUUAGAGAGAGAAGAUGGAAACAAUGCAAGUCUUUCACAUGAACAAAGGAAAUGGUGACACUAGUUAUGCAAAAAACUCAAUUGUGCAGAACAAGAUUAUAUCAAUUGGGAAACCAGUAAUGGAGGAGGCAAUUUUGGAAAUGUUAUGUAAUCAAAAUAUGCCUCAAGGCAUAGGCAUAGCUGACUUGGGUUGUUCUUCAGGACCCAAUGCGUUGCUAGUAAUAUGUGACAUACUUCGUAUAAUAUCCUCAAAAUAUGAAGAUCUGGGCUGUGCGACCCCAGAGUUUAGGGUUUCUUUAAACGAUCUUCCAUGUAAUGACUUCAACUGUAUUUUUGGGUUGUUACCAGAACUGUACAACAAGUUAAAGAAAGAAAACGGUGUCGGAUUUGGGGCUUGUUUUGUUUCAGGGACGCCAGGUUCUUUCUAUGGCAGAUUAUUUCCUAGCAAAAGCCUCCACUGUAUUCACUCUUCUUCAAGUCUUCACUGGCUUUCGCAGAUUCCACCUGGUCUAGAAAGCAAUGUUAGGAACCCCAUGAACAAGGGGAAAAUCUACAUAUCAAAAAGCAGCCCGAGCUUUGUCCUAGAAGCUUACUCGGAGCAGUAUCGGAAGGACUUUUCGACGUUUCUAAAGUCACGUUCGCAGGAAAUAGUUGCGGGAGGGUGCAUGGUUUUGUCAUUCAUGGGCAGGAGAUCCUCUGAUCCUACAACUGAUGAAAGUGGCUAUCAAUGGGAGCUAUUAGCAAAAGCACUCAUGAGCAUGGUUGCAGAGGGAUUGAUCGAGGAGGAAAAGGUUGAUUCUUUCAAUGCGCCAUAUUACGCACCCUGUAGCGAAGAAAUAAAAAUGGAGGUCCAAGAAGAAGGAUCAUUCAUUAUUGAUCGACUUGAAGCCUUUGAAAUUGAUUGGGAUGGAGGUUCGUCGCCAAAUGAUCAAAUGAAUGUGGGUUUUGUUGCAGUAUCUCGUGGCCAAAGGGUAGCCAAGACAAUUAGAGCUGUUGUGGAGUCGAUGCUAGAAGCUCAUUUUGGUAGUCAAAUAAUGGAUGAACUAUUUAAGAGAUAUGGCGACAUGGUGGAUAAUUACUUGGCUAAAACUACAACUAAGUAUAUUAAUUUGGUCAUUUCUAUGUUUAGGAAGGAUUAUUAAUCAUGGAGGCUUCUCAACUUGGUUAA